UGAGCCGAGUGGAAAACAAGCCGCCAUACAUGAGCAACCUCUCAUAUCUAUGUCUCCAAUCAACAUGAAUCAAAACAUACUACCUACGGCUUCGCCACGGUCUGACAGUCCAGCUCAAAUAGGUACCUAGUCACCAUGUCUCCCAAAUCGUGGCAGUUCGAUACCGUUCAGCAUACUUCUACGUGCAAGCCUUCAUGAUACAGUCAUCUCUACCUAGGUUGGAAUCGAAGACCUCAGUAGCUAUAUCGCCACGCAGCAAUGGCAUCCGAUCAUCCUACGACCAAACGACGUUUCUCAGACACGUUCAGAGAAAGCACUGUGAGCAAUAGUCGCACGCAGAUUUGCUAUGGAGCCUUAUUCGACGGAAAAGCCCAGUGUCUUGAUGGGUUUGAAGCACUUAAAAGCCAACUCCAACAAACCAGCAACCAUGUCUCGUUCGUCUCUUUUCCCGUGACGAGGUUCGGGAGCUUCUUCUGCUUAUCGUCUGAAAGCGGGACAGCAAUUGCUAUUGUUGACCAACGUACACAAAACUGGCUCGCGGCUCUGGAUCACAUACCCAAUGUCAGAUUCGACGCACUUCUUGCCGCAGGAUCCCUCAUAAAACGGGGAAAGGGAAUCAAGAAAGGCGCAGUGCUGGAAGGGAUGUCAGUCAAUGUUUAUGGUCCCCAGAACAAAGCUGUCGAGGAUGAUGCUGCCGAUAAACUGGGAAAAGUCGCCGCCUUCCUUCAACAUCCGAGGGAACUCAGCCGGGAAGUUGUUUACUCCAAUCCCCAGUGGCUGGCGCUUCCUGGCCGUGACCGAAACAUGAACCAUCUCGUCGGAACCUAUAUCAACGACGAUUCUUUGUGGGCUGUCAGAGCAAGAAUUGCUAGUGAGAUCAACAGUAUCAUGGGUUCAUUGGACGAGGUGUCUUCUGAGGAGUCACUGUCGUUUGGCCCUCCUCUAGGUUUAAAAUCCAAGCUGAAGAGGCAUCAGAUACAGGCUGUUAUCUUCAUCCUCAAACGAGAACCUGGAAACCGGUUUUCUCAAGCUUCGAAAGCUAGUGUCAGCACCUCCAUGUGCCCACGUAGCCUGGGAGUUUCUCAAGAAAAUCACGGUGGGCUCAUUGCCGACGUGAUGGGAAUGGGCAAGUCACUUACAAUACUCACAACGAUCCUAUGCACUGUAGAGGAUGCUCGCAACUUUCCUCAUUUCUCUUUCCAGUCGCGAAACGUCGCUGAACCCGAACGAAGAACACCAACACCAGCCACUCUGGUUGUUGUACCCUCAGCGCAGCUCAUGCACAACUGGGUAGCAGAGAUAGCGAGUCACAUGCCUGGAGCCCUGAAUCUCAUCCUGUUCCAUGGUCAAGGUCGACCUAAGAGUCCCGAGUCGAUGGCGUCAACUGAUGUGGUUCUUACAACAUACGGAACGCUUGCUGCUGAUCACAAGAACGCUCGCUUACUUCAGAAAAUGGAGUGGUAUAGAGUUGUUCUGGACGAAGCACACUGGAUUCGAAAUGCAUCCUCUCAGCAAUUCCGAGCGGCUACCAGUCUUAGCACGAGCCGCCGAUGGUGUUUAACGGGCACUCCCAUACAAAACAAGCUCGAUGAUCUGGCGUCUCUCGCCCACUUUCUUCGAGUCCCGCCGUAUCCUGAGAAAACUGUGUUUCGGAAAUAUGUGCUUGAACCCCUUGAGAAGGGAGAUCAAGGAUGUGCUGAUCCCUUACGGUCAUAUCUUCGCCAGCAUUGUCUUCGCCGCACCAACAAGUGUCUUAACCUACCCAACUUAUCCGAAAAAACCGUCUAUCUGCAACUCUCAAUGCAGGAACAGGAGACAUAUGACAAGAUUCUGAGCACCGCGAAACGUGCACUGGAUGACAUUGUCAGUAGUGCCAACAAGCCUAAACAGGUCAAAAAUGAGAAAGUCACCGUGUUCUUCACAACUCUUACAAGCUUGCGUAGACUGUGCGACCUUGGAACGUUGCCACCUAUACAGUCUUCGCCGGGCGACCUCGGACAGCCAACAGAGGAUACCGACAUGCUGUGUGAGCUUUGUUCAUCGCAAGAUGCGGACGGAUCUCUGUUGUUGAAGGAUCAUCAAUUCUGUCCCGAGUGCUCGCGACCACUUCGCACCCAGAGAUCAGCAAGCAACACUGGCUACCUCACGCCAGCUAGUUUGCCAGGGACUGUUAGCGAUCGUGCAAUGAGCCCCCUCAUCCUGUCCAUGGACAAUGGCCUCUCCACAAAGCUCUUGAAGGUCAGAGACAGCGUGCUCCAGGCCCUCCAAUCUCAAACUGGCAUCAAGCAUCUAAUAUUUUCGGCUUGGACAUCGAGCCUCCGCUAUCUCGCCCAGCUUAUGCAGCAAGCUGGAAUUCCUCACGCGCAGAUCGAUGGACGAACCAGUAACGCAGAGCGUCUGAGACAUAUCAAGGCUUUUCAGGAAGACUCUCAGGUCCCUGUCCUCCUCAUGUCAAUUGGCACAGGGGCUGUCGGCCUCACCCUCACGGCAGCAAGCCACGUCCACAUCAUCGAACCGCAGUGGAACCCCUCAGUCGAGGAACAAGCCAUCGGCCGAGCGCUACGCAUGGGUCAAACGAAAGAGGUUGUAGUGACAAGGUACAUCAUGAAGGGGACCGUUGAGCAGAGUAUACUCUCCCUUCAACAAAAGAAGAAGAACAUUUCCCGCUUCACCUUUGGUACGGCCAGCGGUGAUGCGGUGAACGAGAGACUGGAUGACUUCAAGUUCGUUUUGGAUGCCAACCUUUCGUGAAGAAGUUGCGUGCGCUGGGGAAGAUGGAUGCAGGGAAAUUGCGGGGAUCUUUGGGAACGCUGAACGCGGGUCAAGCAUACAGAUAUUUAAUAAACUAGGAAAGUUCGAUAUAGGAAACAGAAAUUGCG